UUAAUAAACAUGGAGUAAAGUAGUCGUAACUAUAAUCCGCGGUGUAACUCAUGAUUAGUGAAAUUCAGUAUUAAUAAAUGCAGAGUAAGCAGGGAGUAUACUAAUCAGACUUUACUCUCGGAGUAAAAGUUAAUCCUAGGUACCACAUAGUUUAACGACUGAGUAAGCAUAGAGUAGCUGUCUAUUUUGACGUUUCUUUGUAAUCUAUGGCUUUUUUCGGCUUUACCAUAAUUACCAUCGCAUCGCGUGUGAUUUAUCUGUUGUUCAAAGAAAAUGGAGAGAGAUUAUUUUAUUGACGAUUUAAGGGAUUUAGAUGAAUUAAAUGAGGUGGGGAACUUGAUGCCAUUAUUCAGGCAUGUAAAAUUUUAUAAAAUACGUAAGAAUCCACUGGAAGAACUUCAGGAAAAGGAUUUUAAAUCGAAAUACAGAUUUCAUCGAUCUACUGCAUGUUUUAUCAUCGACAUGGUGAAAAAUGACCUAGCUGGUGAUUCAAGAGGUGGCUUUAUACCACCCCAUCUGAAAGUUUUGGCAGCAAUUAGAACAUGGGCCCGUGAAGAGUUUCAAGAUGAUGCAGGAGAUAUUAGUGGAAUGAGUCAGCCAACAAUAUCACUUAUAUGCAAACAAGUUGCCUUGGCUAUAGUUGCUCAAAGAGCUCAGUGGAUUAAAAUGCCACAAACUGAUGCAGAGCAGAAUAAUGUGAUUGCUGGUUUUUAUUCAUUGUGUGGGUUUCGACAAGUGAUAGGGGCUGUUGACUGCACACAUAUGCGAAUUCCAAAAGUCGGUGGAGAUGUUGGACAGUACUAUAUAAAUAGGAAAGGAUACAGUUCAAUAAAUGUGCAAGUUGUGGCAAAUGCUAAUUUGGAGAUUAUGGAUAUAGUUGCUCAUUGGCGAGGCAGUACACAUGACUCUAGAAUAUUUAAUGAAAGUCGCUUGAAACAAAGAUUUGAGAGAUCAGAAUUUAAGGGCAGACUUUUAGGAGAUUCGGGAUAUGCUUGUACACCUUAUUUAUUUACUCCUGUCCUUCGCCCUACUACAGAAAAGGAAGAAAUGUAUAACAAGGCACACAUAAGGACCCGUAAUGUAGUGGAAAGAUGCUUUGGAGUAUGGAAGCAAAGGUUUCAGUGUUUGCUGAGAGGAUUUUCCACAAAAUUGCAAAACACAAAAUUAUAUAUUGUUACAUUGGCUGUACUGCACAAUAUUGCAAUGCACAGGCAAGAUCUAGAAGAAGUUGAAACAAGUGGUGACACUGAUGACACUGUUCCAGUAACUCCAGCAAUCAACACCUGCCUUAGAGGAAAUUCUGUACGAGCAGCCUUUAUUAAUGAGAAUUUUUAA